UGAUCUGAAAACAUGUGAAUGUAUGCCCUAAACAGUAUGUACUACGAAGAAAUAAUAUUACCUUGUUAUGUGUGCCAGUACAUUUAUUUGUAGUGGCUAAAAAGUUUGUGUGAUAGAAUCCAAUAAAAAGGAAAAAAAUAAGAAAAAGCAUCUAAGAUGUCAGCUGAUGUCUGUGCAGUACUAGGCCCAGAAGUUUCUGAAUGUUUAACAGCUGUAGUAGAGAAACAUGGCUCUGAUGGAUCAGGAUGCACAGUACUGGACUGUCUGGCUGCACGAGACUUGCUGUCAGGUGAUCGUGCUGUUUGCCUUGUAUGCUUGAUGCAUACCCCAGUGCACCACCGUAAUGUGUUGGCACGUCUUGGUGUCCCCAAACCAGAAACACAUGCAGCUUUAUAUUUUGUUGAUGCCCUUUCACAGCUGGGCAGCAUUUCAGGUUGCUCUCCUGAUGACCUUUUCUCACAGGUAAUUAAGGUCAUUUCAGCGGCACAAGUUUCUGGUAUAUCUCACUUGAGCCUAAUAUUGGAUGAUGUAAGUGUGCUGCUUGAUGUCGGCUGGGAUUUGCAGCAAGUAAUAAGUUUCUUGAGCCGUCUUCGUACUCUAAAAUUGGCAUCCAUGGCAGUUCUCACACAUGCUGCAGGUGCAGACACACUGUCAUCUCUUCUAGCAGCUGCCCUGAUUCAUUCAUCAGAUACAGCAGUUUCAGUAUUGCCUCUAAGUACUGGUGUGAGUGCUGAUGUUUCAGGAACAUUAAUUAUACGACAUCUACAACGACCAAAUGAUACGCCACAGACAUUCCAUUUCAGACUUAUGGACAGGCAGGUGAAAGUGUUUGCUCCAGGCAGCAUUCGUUGAGCUUCUAUAAGAUGAUGAUAAAGAAGGUGUAACAGUUGUAAAGAAUGAUUACAAAAAUAAGAUAGAUCUGCAGUCUAUGUGACCUUGCACAAUAGAGCAGUGACUGUUUUCAUAGACAAAUUAAAACUUAAGUUUUCUUUU